GAUAUCUAGAGAGAGAUAGAGAGAUGGGUAAGGAGGAGAGAGAUGAAGUUGCAGUGUUAUAUGAGACUAGAAAAGCAAGGUUUAGAGGAGCUCUGAGAGUGUUUUCAAGUACAAUAAUGGGUGGAAUAUGUUUGAUAUGGUAUUACAGAUUAACCAAUAUAAUUCAAUCACUAUCAUCUUCAUCUUCAUCAUCUUCUUCUUCAAAUCAUAGAUGGGCUUGGAUUGGUAUGUUCAUGGCUGAACUUGUUUUUGGCUUCUACUGGAUUAUCACUCAGUCUGUUCGUUGGACUCUCAUUCGUUUUCACCCUUUCAAACAAAGACUCUCCCUCAGAUACGAGGAGAAGUUACCAAGAGUGGACAUUUUCGUAUUCACAGCAGACCCAAAAAUGGAGCCACCAACUUUGGUGAUGAACACAAUUUUAUCAGCAAUGUCAUACAAUUACCCACCUCACAAGCUCUCUGUGUAUCUCUCUGAUGAUGGUGCUUCCGAGUUCACUUUCUAUGCUCUCAUGGAAGCCUCUCGUUUCUCCAAGUUUUGGAUACCCUUUUCAAAAAGAUUCAACAUUGAGCCAAGAGCACCAGAUGUCUACUUUUCCCAACUUUCUUCUUCUUCUUCCCAAGAUACAAUUUUUUCUCAGGAAUUGUUCACCAUCAAGGAAAUGUAUGAAGAAAUGAAACAGAGGAUUGAGUCAAGUAUUGAAUCAGGAAAGAUUCCUGUAGAAACAAGGAAACUGCACAAAGGAUUUGCUGAAUGGAACUUCAACGUAAAAAAACAAGAUCAUCAGUCCAUUGUCCAGAUCUUGAUAGAUGGAAGGGACACAAGUGCUGUGGACAAUGAUGGAAAUCGAUUGCCAACAUUGGUAUACAUGUCAAGAGAAAAGAGACCCCAAUGGCAUCACAACUUCAAAGCUGGAGCAUUGAAUGCUCUUUUAAGGGUAUCUUCAGAGAUAACCAAUGCACCCUUGAUUCUCAGCUUAGACUGCGACAUGUAUUCGAAUAAUGCAGAUACAAUUCGAGAGAUAUUAUGCUUCUUCAUGGAUGAAGCAAAAGGAGAUGAAGUUGCAUUUGUCCAAUUUCCACAGAACUAUGACAAUCUUACUAAGAAUGAUAUGUAUGCACAUAGUCCCCCUGCUAUUAAUGAUGUUGAGCUUGCUGGAGUGGGUGGAUAUGGUGCAGCUUUGUACUGUGGCACUGGAUGCUUUCAUAGAAGAGAAAGUAUCUGUGGAAGAAAGUAUUUCAAGGGUGGCAAAGUGGAAUGGAAUGUUCAGAGUGAAAAGAAUGCUGACAGAACUAUUGAUGAUUUGGAACAAUCAGCAAAAAAUGUUGCUAGUUGCAGCUAUGAGAAGGGUACUGAAUGGGGAAAAGAGAUAGGAUUGAUAUACGGCUGUCCUGUUGAAGACAUUGUUACUGGCUUGGCAAUCCAAUGUAGGGGUUGGAAAUCAGUUUACUACAAUCCAGAGAGAUAUGCCUUUGUAGGCGUUGCCCCAACGACGUUAGAGGUAGCUCUUGUUCAACAUAAAAGGUGGUGUGAAGGCUUGUCUCAGAUAUUUUUGUCUAAGUAUUGCCCAUUUAUAUAUGGUCAUGGGAAGAUAAAACUUGGUGCCCAAAUGGGAUACUGUAUAUAUCUUCUAUGGGCUCCUAUUUCAUUGCCAACCAUUUUUUAUACCAUUGUUCCUCCACUUUUUCUGCUUAAUGGAGUUCCAUUGUUUCCAGAGGUGUCAAGUCCAUGGUUCCUGCCUUUUGCUUAUGUUUUCAUAGCCAAGAUUGUUUUCAGUUUAUCUGAAGCAGUGAGCCAUAAGAGUACUGUCAAAGCUUGGUGGAACACACAGAAGAUGUGGUUGAUUCGAAGGACUACUGCUUACUUCAUUGCCUUAGUAGACAUUAUUAAGAGGAAACUGGGUCUAUCUGAAACACAAUUUGUUCUCACUGAUAAAGUUGUAACUGAAGAUAUCUCAAAGAGGUAUGAGCAGGAGGUAAUGGAGUUUGGAAGCUCAAACUUAAUGUUCACCGUAUUGGCAACAUUGGCAUUGCUUAACUUAUUCUGUUUAGUUGGUGGAGUUAAAAGGCUCGUCUUUGAUCUCGAUUCCAAGGCUAUAGAACAACUGAUUAUGCAAGUUGUGCUUUGUGGGAUAAUCAUUGUAGUCAAUUUGCCAAUUUACCAUGCUCUCUUCAUUCGAAGGGAUAAGGGCCGCAUACCAUCUUCUGUUAUGCUCAAAGCUUUUGUUUUGGCUUCAGUUUUAUGCCUUUUGCCUGUAUAUUAGAACAUAUUUCUUUGUAACAUAGAUGAUCCAUAAGCCAUGUGUGUCUAGACAGACCAAUGAUUUCUGUGUAUCUAGCAGUAUCAACUCAACAUACAGAUUUGACAAAACAGCUUCAACUAAUUGAGGCCUGUGUAUAAUAAAAAUUUGCACUUGAUAUUGAAUAAGAAUGAUCAUAUAUUUUUCCUAA